AUGUCGUGCCUGGGUUUCCUCCUCCUCCUCCUCCUCCUCCUCGUCGUCGCCAGUACAAUGGCCCAGGGGGAGUACGGCGUGGUCCACGUGGUGUCACAGAACUGGAGCAAGGACUACUGCGUGCUGGUCAACUCAGAUUAUGUCACCCUGCCCCGGGACCUGCGCCACGCCCCACUCCUGCCCCUGUACGAUGGCACCUCGGCACCCUGGUGCCCUGGCAAGGGCUCCUUCCACCCAGCCCGGCCCAGCUUCCCCAACAGGCGGCCCCUCCACCGGACCACCGCCAUGGUCAUGAGGGGCAACUGCAGCUUCUACGCUAAGGGCUGGCUGGCUCAGGGCCGAGGAGCCCACGGGCUGCUCAUCGUGAGCCGGGUCAGUGGCCAACAGUGUUCAGAUACCAAUGUAGCGUCCCAGGACCCCCUCAAACCCCCGCCUGAACUCACCAUCCCAGUGGCCACGAUCCGAUACACCGACAUGCUCGACAUCCUCAGCCACACCUGCGGCAGCACCCUGGCCCGGGUGGCCUUGUAUGCGCCCCCAGAGCCCAUCCUCGACUACAACAUGGUGGUCAUCUUCAUCUUGGCCUUAGGGACGGUGGCUGCGGGGGGCUACUGGGCCGGUGUGACCGAGGCGGGUCGGCUGCAGCGGCGCCGGGCCCGAGGAGGGGGGGGGCCUGGGGGUCAGAAUCAGCAGGACGUGGGGGUCACCCAGGGGGGGCAAGAGGAAGAAGAUGAGGACACACCCGUGGACUUCACGCCGGCCAUGACGGCCGCAGUGGUCGCCAUGUCCUGCUCCAUCAUGCUGCUGCUUUACUUCUUCUACGACAGCUUUGUCUACGUCAUGAUUGCCAUCUUCGGCCUGGGCGCGGGCACCGGCCUCUACGGCUGCAUGGCCCCCCUGGCGCAGUACCUGCCCCUGCAGCAAUACCGGUGGUCCCUGCCUGGUCACCGGGCCUGUCUGCAGCUGCCUCUGCUGCUGCUGGCUACCCUGUGCGCAGUGGUGACCGGUGUCUGGGUCGCCUACCGCAACGAGGACCGCUGGGCCUGGCUCCUGCAGGAUGCUCUGGGCAUAGCCUACUGCCUUUUCGUCCUGCAGCGCGUGCGACUGCCCAAACUCAAGAACUGUACCUUUUUCCUGCUGGCCCUGCUGGCCUUUGACGUCUUCUUUGUCUUCAUUACACCUCUCUUCACCAGGACCGGGGAGAGCAUCAUGGUAGAGGUGGCCUCAGGCCCAGCAGAUUCCUUGAGCCAUGAGAGGCUGCCCAUGGUGCUCAAAGUGCCCCAGUUGAGCUUCUCGGCCUUGAGCCUGUGUGAUCAGCACUUUACCAUCCUCGGCUUCGGUGACAUUGUGGUCCCAGGCUUCUUGGUUGCCUACUGUCAUCGCUUUGAUGUGCAAAUGCACUCACGCCAGGUCUACUUCAUGGCCUGCACCAUGGCCUAUGCCGUGGGUCUGCUGGUCACGUUUGCUGCCAUGGUCCUCACGCAGAUGGGCCAGCCUGCCCUGCUCUACCUGGUGUCCAGCACCCUGCUCACCAGCCUGGCCAUGGCGACCUGCCGCAAGGAGCUCACCCUCUUCUGGACUGGCCAGGGCAGAGCCAAGACACCCACCCAGCCCAUGGCAGGGCUCUGUGGAACCCAUUUGGUUGGCUCUAAGCAGAAGCAGAAGCAGGAGGACACCACAGGUGUCCACACAGCCAGUGAGUCUGAGGGGACCACCAACCACUUGGCAGGGGACUUAGAUAGCAAUCUCAGGGAGGACACAGCCAAGACUGUCACUAUAUCUGAGGAUGAAGCAACAGCUCUGGUUGGCUACAGUGACAGCUCCGAGGGCUGGAGUGAUGCCAACCUGGACCCUGAUGAGCUGCCCCAUGCCUCCCCCAGGGCCUCAGAGGAGCUGAUGCCGCUAAUGCCACUGAUGCCAUCACUCUCAGAGCUGGUCCAUGCCAAUGCCCACACCCAGGCCCACAUCCACGCCCAGGCCCAGGAUGCUCACCUGCCCUGGAGGAGGUUCCACAAAAGGAAGAGCUUGAAGAUAAAGAAGAGCAUGUCAACCCAGGCUUCCCUGUGAACCAGGCCCUGGGACAUGUGCCUCCAGAAGGGUUGGCGGAAUAUCACAAAGCAAAGGUACACAGGGCAAAAAGAAAUCAGGGCAUUAAAGAUAUUCCAGAUGUACUCAGCAGAGCUUCUGUUUGUUAGGAUGAGAAAGCAGCAGCCAUGGAACGAGUCCAUGCAGGGCCCAGAGGAUCCUUAGGAUAGGCACAACCCCGAAUCAUGCAGAGGGGUAAACUGAGGCUCAGAGGGCAAA